AUGGAGGAACACGCGGCUCUGUUGAAAAAGCUGCGCGAACAAUUAAAUGAAAAAGACGAAGAAAUUCGACGUUUAAAACAGCAGUUAGAAGAAAGGGGAUGUAAAACAUUUCCUGGAAUAACAACUGAUCAGAAAGCACAUCACAUUGAAAAUAGUGAUUCCAGUGUUGAUAAUAAACUCAGCAAUGAGUGCAUUGCUCGCUUUAGCAGGCAACUCAUUCUACCACAAAUUGGAGUGAAAGGUCAACAAUCAAUUUCCAAAUGCAGAGUUUUGGUUGUAGGUGCUGGAGGACUUGGCUGUCCAGUUUCCAUAUAUCUUGUAGCUGCUGGCAUUGGCAAACUAGGGGUUGUAGACUACGAUGCUGUUGAACUAAACAAUCUUCACAGGCAAAUUCUUCACACAGAAUCCAGGCUUGGAAUAUCAAAGAGUCUUUCUCUGGUGACAGCCUGUGCCCAGUUGAAUUCUGCUGUUGAAUAUGUUCCUUAUCACCUGCAACUGAACAGCAAAAAUGCUGUUGAAAUCAUUGAAAAUUAUGACAUUGUUGUAGAUGCGUCCGACAAUGUAGCUACAAGAUAUCUUGUAAAUGACGCCUGCGUUAUGUGUAACAAACCUUUGGUAUCAGGAAGUGCCCUGCGUUUUGAGGGACAGCUAACGGUGUAUAACUAUAAAGGAGGUCCCUGUUAUCGAUGUUUGUUUCCAAAACCACCACCUCCUGAAACAGUGACUAACUGCUCAGAUGGGGGGGUACUUGGUGUAGUUCCUGGUAUCAUUGGCUGUUUGCAGGCUUUGGAAGUGAUUAAAAUUGCUGCUGGAAUUGGAUCUUCUUUCAAUCAGCAGUUUUUAAUAUUUGAUGGAUUAGAUGGUUCGUUCCGUAAAAUAAAAUUACGUCCCAGGCAAAACAAUUGUGUUGCUUGUGGUGAAGAAGCUGAGCCUACACUUAUUGACUAUGAGCAAUUCUGUGGUACCCGGGCAGAUGACAAGGAACGUCAUUUGAACAUAUUAUCCAACAAACAAAGGUUAUCAGUUGAGGAAUACAAAAGAAUGCUUGAUCAGGACAUUCCACACGUGCUUGUUGAUGUGAGACAACCAGUGGAAGUGGACAUCUGUUCAUUACCCUCACCUGCUAUCAAUAUUCCUAUAUCUGAUGUUAAAUGUCCAGCUCACCUCAAGGCAAAGCUUGGUGAAUGCCUAGAUUCAUCUGAAACAGGAGUAGUGGUUGUAUGUCACCAUGGAAAUGACUCCCAAAUUGCUGUCAAUGAGAUCUUAAAGACUUUUCAAGACAAUGUAGCAUAUGUAAAGGAUAUCCAGGGAGGACUUCAGGCUUGGGCAAAAAGGAUUGACACAAAAUUCCCUAAAUACUGA